GUUGACUGUCGUUUUACGAUCAUCAAAACAAUGCUAUUUCCAACCAAAUCUUUGUAAAAACACUCCAUAAACCCUUCCUACAUUUGACACCAACAUGCAGAGAAAAAUGUCUGAUCACCACCCCUUCCUCCACCUCCUCCUCCUUUCACUCUCCUCUCUCCUCCCCGUAUUCUCCGAUCUCGCGGCGGACCGCUCCGCCCUCCUCCGCCUACAAGCGGCAGUCGGCGGCCAAACCAUCCGCUGGGACACAUCCGCCGGCUCCUCCCCUUGUAAUUCGUGGCGAGGCGUCACAUGCAACACUACAACCGACCGCGUAAUCGAGCUCCGUCUCCCCGGCAGCGGCCUCAGAGGCUCGCUCCCGCUAAAUUCCGUCGGAAACCUCACCGAACUCCGGGUGCUCAGCCUCCGCAACAACGCUCUCUCCGGCCAACUCCCUUCCGAUUUGGCAUCGUGCACUCAGCUGGAGAAUAUCCAGCUGCAAGGGAACAGCUUCUCCGGCGAGAUUCCGGAGAGCUUUUUCAGUUUAACGAAUCUGUUACGUGUGAAUUUCGCCGGAAACAGCUUCUCCGGCAACCUUUCUCCCAAUUUCAACAACCUCACGAAUUUGAGGACUUUGUAUUUGGAAAACAACCAGUUGACCGGACCGAUUCCUGAUUGGAAUAACCUAAUCAGCCUCAGAAAUUUCAACGUUUCCUUCAACAACGGAGUAACUGGAUCAAUUCCGUCGAGUUUAGACAAUUUUUCCGAUCAAUCUUUUUUAGGAACCUCUCUGUGUGGCAGACCUCUGCCUUCUUGCCCAAGUAGUGACGGAAACAAGCUUUCCGCCGGAGCAAUAGCCGGGAUUGCAGUAGGAUCCUUGGUGGCAUUACUUAUAACUAUCUGUGCAUUCUUCGUUUUGUGGAAAACAUACAGAAGCAGAAAAGUCCUUCCGCAGAGGUCACCGGCCCCGCGUUCCCCCGCCCGACGGCAAGACAUCGAGGUUUGGACUCCAAACGCAGAGCAAUACAGCGAGAUGAAGAAGGACGACGGAUUGGUGUUUCUGGGGAAAGACGCGCAGGUUUUCAGCUUGCAGGAACUGCUGAGCGCUUCAGCAGAGGUGAUGGGGAAGGGGACGCUGGGAUCCACGUAUAAGGCGUAUUUCGAGAGCGGAAUUGAAGUGAUUGUGAAGAGGCUGAAGAAAGUGUCGGUUUCGGAGGGCGAGUUCAGAGCCAAAAUGGAGGAGAUCGGAGCGCUUCUUCACCGGAAUCUGGAGCCCCUCGGGGGCUACUUCUACGGUACAGAGGAGAAACUCCUUCUCUACCACCCCAUGCCCAAAGGCAGCCUCGCUACCGCUCUCCACGGUUACGGAAUGAAGAAGCAGUUUCUGUCGCUGGAAACAAGGGGCAGGAUCGCGGUGGAGAUGGCAUCGGCGAUCGAGUAUCUCCACUCGGUGGGCCCCGGGAGCGCGCACGGCAACAUCAAGUCGUCGAACGUCUUCAUCACGGACGACUACGAGGCGCGUGUGGCGGAGUUCGGGCUGGCGCAGCUGGUUUCGCCGGCUUCCGGCCUGAACGGGUACCGUGCGCCGGAGGUGAUGGACACGCGCGGCGGUUGGCAGAAGGCGGACGUGUACGGAUUGGGGGUGGUGCUUCUGGAGCUGCUGACGGGUAGGGAGCCCGACGGAAUCCUGACGGAGGAAGGCGUGGCGCUGCCUAAUUGGGUGCAGACGGUGGUGGAGGAGAAGGGGACGAGUGCGGUCAUCGAUCCCACUCUGCUUAGCCACCACGACUCGGACAAUCAGGUGAUGGAGCUCUUGCUCGUCGCGCUUUCCUGCACGUCCCGGGAUCCUCACGGCAGGCCUUCGGCGGCGGAUGUUAGGCGGCGGCUCAGGAAAAUCUGUGGCUGAAGUCGUCUAUUCUUUGCUUUAUUUAAGUGAAGUUGUGCAGUAAGAUGAACUCGCCUCUUUCGUCCUUCAUGUAUGUAUCACAGCUGGAAUUCAAAUAUUUUUGGGUGAAAUGAUAUAUACCUUCUCUAAAGAUAAAAAAUUAUUUUUUACAAAA